UGCAGCGGUGGUGUUGUGAUCUCUCGGCCCCCCCUCCUUUCUUUCCCAGUUGAACCAGGAAGUAAAGUUGGGGCUGCUUUCACGAAGCAAGAGGGCAGCUGACCCGGAGGAGGGGGGAAAGGCAAAGACACCUGCAGCGCAGAGGCCAUGACGACGUUAACUCACCGGGGACGGCGUGCGGACAUCAGCCGGAAUGCUGACAAGAGACCAGAAGGCGAGGAGGAUUCUGAGCUGGACAUGCAGGUGGGCGAAGGCGACGCCGGCGACUCCAAAGACAUCCGCUUGACUCUUAUGGAGGAGGUGCUUCUGCUGGGAUUGAAAGAUAAGGAGGGCUACACGUCUUUCUGGAACGACUGCAUCUCCUCGGGCCUGCGUGGCGGCAUCCUCAUGGAACUGGCUAUGAGAGGGAGGAUACAACUUGAGCCACAAACCUUGAGAAAAAAACGGCUGCUGGACCGCAAGGUACUUCUCAAGUCAGACGCCCCUACCGGAGAUGUUCUUCUGGACGAGACGCUCCGCCACCUCAAAGCCACCGAACCAGCUGAGACGGUGCAGACGUGGAUCGAGCUGCUGACAGGCGAAACGUGGAACCCCUUCAAGCUGCAGUACCAGCUGCGCAAUGUUCGCGAGCGGAUCGCCAAGAACCUGGUGGAGAAAGGGAUCCUGACGACGGAGAAGCAGAACUUCCUGCUCUUCGACAUGACAACCCACCCGGUCACAAACACCACCGAGAAGCAGCGCCUGGUGAAGAAGCUGCAGGAGAGCGUGCUGGACCGGUGGGUCAACGACCCCCACCGGAUGGACAAGAGGACCUUGGCGCUGCUGAUCCUGGCCCACGCCUCCGACGUGCUGGAGAACGUCUUUUCCAGCCUGGCUGACGAGAAAUACGACGUGGCCAUGAACAGGUCCAAGGACUUGCUCGACAGGGACCCCGAGGUGGAGGCCACCAAGACGGGCAGCAUGGAAAUGAUUUGGGCCGUUCUGGCCGCUUUCAACAAGUCUUAAAUCCCCCCAAGUGGGCUUCUGCCUUUCCUUUUAGGACUGGACCUCUUGCUCUGUGGAAUCUUCCCUCGCUGCACAGCGACAGAUGUUGGGGACCACUUCCUGCCACGCCCCCAUUCCAGAUGUUGGGCAUGGUGGAGAACGUCCUCUGUUGGAAUGCUGAUAUCUUUACCGCCACCUCCUCCGGUUCGGGGACUGUUGGAUUAUACGAAGGAGCAAAGAACGUCAUGCAAUUUUUCUGCCCUCCCCUGCCUCUUUUUUUCCUAUCCACCAAACUAAAUGAAGGCCUGCGUCUGAUAGAAAUGGAUUGAGCUGCGUCUCUUGUUUUUUAUUUUAAACUCUCUUCUUUUUUUUGAUAUUUUAAGAAGGAAGGAAUUGUGAUGUGUGUUCUCUGUCUCUUGAUUUUUUUUUGUUUUUAAUUCCAUCCUCUGUUUCAGUCCCGUCUCGUUUUUGGUCUGAGUGACUCCUCUCUAUGUGUUUGUUGGAAAAGAUCGUUACAGCACAAUCUCUAUGCAUUCUCUGACGUUUCUUUUUAUUCUUGGCUCUCUCUGGGUGCGAGUCGCUCCUUGAGUGCAGAGAAAGCCAUCAUGAGUAAUCAAGCGGCUCACCAAUUAAAAUUAUGUACCCGGCAAUGCUGAGUUGUGUGAGCUGGGUCAACUAUAUAGAUUGAGCAAAUCUGAGUAAGCUUGUAAAAGCAGAAUAAAUUAUGUUAGUCACCA